CCCGCACCGCCCCGCACCGCUCCGCACCGCCGGGGAUGAGGCGCUGGAGGAGGUGAAGAUGUCCGGCUCCAUCGCCUCGUACGACCAGCUGGUGCGGCAGGUGGAGGCGCUGAAGAAGGAGAACAGCCACCUCCGACGGGAGCUGGAGGACAACUCCAACCACCUCUCCAAGCUGGAAAAUGAAACCUCGGACAUGAAGGAGGUCCUGAAGCACCUCCAGGGCAAGCUGGAGCAGGAGGCCCGAGUCAUGGUGUCCUCGGGGCAGACGGAGGUGCUGGACCAGCUCAAAGCCCUGCAGAUGGACAUCACCAGCCUCUACAACCUCAAGUUCGCCCCGGAGGUGAUGAGCACGGGGCGCGGCGCCGAGGAGAGCCCGCCGGCCCCCGCCUCGCACCGGGACGGCCCCGGGGAGCUGGGCAGGGCCACCUUCCGCAUGCUGGAGGAGCUGGACCGCGAGAGGUGUUUCCUGCUGGGGGAGAUCGAGAAGGAGGAGAAGGAGAAGGUCUGGUACUACGCGCAGCUGCAGAGCCUGGCCACGCGGCUGGACGAGCUGCCCCACGUGGAGACGUUCUCCAUGCAGAUGGAUUUGAUCCGGCAGCAGCUGCAGUUCGAGGCGCAGCACAUCCGCUCGCUGAUGGAGGAACGCUUCGGGACGGCCGAUGAGAUGGUGCAGCGGGCUCAGAUCCGGGCAUCCCGGCUGGAGCAGAUCGACAAGGAGCUGAUGGAGGCGCAGGACAAGGCGCAGCAGCCGGAGCCGCAGGUAGCGGGGCCGGGCUGUCCCUGCUCCCGGCUGCAGCCGGGGAUGGAGGAGGAGGGGGCCAGCACGGCCCCCCCGCCAUUGUCCCCGCGCUGUCCCCACCGGCACAGCCAGGGCUUUGUGAGGCUCGGGCACCGUGAAAUGGGCAGUUGCCAUGGAGACCAGAACCGCCGGGGCGGGCAGCGUGCCAUCAUCAUCGUCACCGUCAUCGCCAUGGGCUGCCAGUGUCACCCACAGGCAAUUGUCAUCGUCCCACUGUCACCCACGGCUCCACCACCAUCGUCAUCGUCUGCCAUCACCAUCGCCACGGCCGCCCACUUGCCGGUCCCCAUCGAGCCGCAGAUCUGCCAGGCCACCUGUGCCAUCAUGAAGCUCUCCUUCGAUGAGGAGUACCGGCGGGCCAUGAACGAGCUGGGUGGGCUGCAGGCGGUGGCCGAGCUGCUGCAGGUGGACUACGAGAUGCACAAGAUGACCAACGACCCCCUGAACCUGGCGCUGCGGCGCUACGCGGGGAUGGCCCUCACCAACCUCACCUUCGGCGAUGUGGUCAACAAGGCCACGCUGUGCUCCCGCAGGGGCUGCAUGGAGGCCAUCGUGGCUCAGCUGGGCUCCGACAGCGAGGAGCUGCACCAGGUGGUCUCCAGCAUCCUGAGGAACCUCUCCUGGCGCGCUGACAUCAACAGCAAGAAGGUGCUGCGGGAGGUGGGCAGCGUCACCGGGCUGACGCGCUGUGCCCUGCACGCCGGCAAGGUGAGCCCGGGGGGUGACAGCGGGCAGGGGGGGCUGGACAGGGCUGGACAGGGUGGACAACACUGGGGGGAUGUCAUGGCUGGGCAGGGGUGGGGUCACCUUGCACCCCUGGCAUGGGGCAGGGAGGGGCCCAGGACCAUCCUGACAGCCGGGGGGUCCCCUCUGUCUCCCAGGCAGGUGCUCCGGGACCACAACUGCCUGCAGACGCUGCUGCAGCACCUGCGCUCGCACAGCCUGACCAUCGUCAGCAACGCCUGCGGCACCCUCUGGAACCUGUCUGCCCGCAGCCCCCGCGACCAGGAGCUGCUGUGGGACCUGGGGGCGGUCAGCAUGCUCCGCAACCUCAUCCACUCCAAGCACAAGAUGAUCGCCAUGGGCAGCGCGGCCGCGCUGCGCAACCUCCUCACCAACCGGCCCCCCAAGUACAAGGACGCGGCCGUGGUGUCGCCGGGCUCCUGCAUGCCCUCGCUCUACAUGCGCAAGCAGAAGGCGCUGGAGGCCGAGCUGGACGCCAAACACCUGGCUGAGACCUUCGACACCAUGGAGAAGCAGAGCCUGAAGGGCCAGAGCGCCAAGAAGCCGAUGCGGCACAUGGAGAGCCUGGUGAAGGACUACGCCUCCGACUCCGGCUGCUUCGACGACGACGAGGUGCCCAACAUCUCCACCGGCGUGGAGACGGCCAGCGCCUCCGUCCUCUCCAUGUUCCUCAACUCCUCCUUCCUGCAGGGCCAAGCGCUGCCGCGGGCGCUGGCACAGCGGCGCUGCCCGGAGCCGGAGAAGGACGGCAGCGGGAAGGCGGCCGAGCCCAAGAAGCCGCCGCUGCCCGAGGACGACGUCUCGCUGGCCGCCGAGAAGUUGGCCAACAAGAUCUCCAGCACGGUGGCCAAGAUCGACAAGCUGGUGGAGGACAUCUCCACCAUGCACAACUCCUCUGACGACAGCUUCAGCCUCAGCUCCGAGGACCACUGCCUGGACUGGCAGUAUGGCCCCGAGGACGGGCACGAGGCGCGCGCCCAGUCCUGCUCGCCGUGCCGGCUGUCGGACGCCGGCGGCUUCGCCAAGCGGGAGAGCCUGAGCCGGGCGCACACCCUGCUGCGGCUGAAGACGGCCUGCACCAGCCUGAGCACCGACAGCCUCAACAGCGGCAGCACCAGCGACGGCUACUGCACCAAGGAGCACAUGAAGCCCUGCCCCAGGGCCGCCUUCCUGGACUAUCGUGACGAGCUGCAGCGCUACCAGAAGCGGCCCAGCCGGCUCGACCUCAAGAGCAUCCUGGGCAAACCGGAGCGGGCCGAGCCCCCUGCGCGGGACCCGGCCGAGCAGGACAAACCUGAGCAGCGGGACCUGCCCGAACGGGCCAAGAAGGUGGUGACUUUCCCCAGCCCCAAGGUGCCGGAGAAGGAGACGGAGUGGAAGAAGGAGGUGGGCACCAAGCCCCCCACCGACCCCCAUGUUCGCACCAUCAAGCUCUCUCCGUCCUACCAGCACGUGCCCAUGCUUGAGACCCUGGCCAAGAGCAGCACGGCCGCUGGCCACCAGCCCUCCCUGCUGGGCAGGAAGCAAGCCUGGCUCCCCCCGGCGCUGCUGCAGGCGGCCGAGCCCCUGAGCAAGAUCCCGGAGAAGCUGCCGGCCCAGCCACCGGCCUCGGCGGAGCAGGAGUCGGUGCAGAAGUACUCGGUGGAGGACACCCCAAUCUGCUUCUCCCGCUGCAGCUCCUUGUCCUCCCUCUCCUCGGCAGACAAUGUGCUGGACGGGCAGAGCCACAGCGAGAACGACCUGGACAGCGACUCCUCCCUGGAGAUCCUGGAGAUGGAGGAAGGGGAGGCAGAAGGGGAGGAUGGGAGGCAGGAGAAGGAGAAGGAUCUGGGUCCCACCACACCGGUGGGGAUCUCCCAGCCCAUCACCAUCCCCUUCCCGAAGCGUGACAAGGUUUUCCUGCGGGAGGCCUCGCCCUCGCGCCAGGAGGACCUGACGCCCUCGAGCUCCUCGGAGAAUUACAUCCAGGAGACACCGCUGGUGAUGAGCCGCUGCAGCUCCGUCAGCUCCCUGGGCAGCUUUGAGAGCCCCUCCAUCGCCAGCUCCAUCCAGAGCGACCCGUGCAGUGAAAUGAUCAGCGGCACCAUCAGCCCCAGCGAGCUGCCCGACAGCCCCGGGCAGACCAUGCCCCCCAGCCGCAGCAAGACUCCCCUCUUCGAGCUGGGCUGCCAGCCGGAGAAGGAGACCAGCCAGUUCAACAUCCAGUGGGAGAACAACGUCAAGAAGUUCAUGGAGAUCACCGACUUCAAGGAGCGCUUCCAGCUGCCCCAGGACCUGGACUCCAUGGUCUACUUCACGGUGGAGAAACCCAACGAGAACUUCUCGUGCGCCUCCAGCCUGAGCGCCCUGCCCCUCCACGAGCACUACGUGCAGAAGGACGUGGAGCUCAAGCUGAUUCCCACCUUCCCGGAGAAGAACAGCCUGAACUUCGCGGCUCACGAGAAGCGGGAGGAGCGGCGGGAGGAGCGGUACCUGGAGGGCCGGCGAAGGGCGGAGCGCCCCGAGCCCCCCGAUGAUGAUGACAUCGAGAUCCUCAAGGAGUGCAUCAGCUCGGCCAUGCCCUCCCGCUUCCGCAAGGUCAAGACCUCGCUGCUGUCCGGCCAGGUGCUGCACCCGCAGACCAAGAAGCCGCUGCACGUCCCCGUGUACAUGCUGGUGCCGGCCCACGCCCACCCCGGCGUCCCCAAACACCUGCGAGCCACCGCCCGCGACCUCUUCAAGGACGACGACUCCUUCACCGACUCGGCCGACGGGACCCCCGUCAACUUCUCCAGCGCCGCCUCGCUGAGCGACGAGACCCUGCGGUACCCGGCGGGCGAGGAGGCCGAGCAGCCCCUGCCCGAGCGGCGCCGGGAGCCCGGCACCAUCCCGGCCCGCAGGGCCGCCUCCGGCAGCUCGGCCCCCGCCCGCCUCAGCUCCGCCGGGAAGGGCAGAGCGGGGCCGGGCCGGGCGGAGGGGAAGCGGGGCCAGACCCUCCCGAAGGGCGCAGCCGGCCUGGAGCUGGGGGUGGGCAGGGCUGGCGGAGCCCCCGGGAGGAAGGAUGAUGCUCUGGAGGACGGGGUGGUGUUCCAGUCGUUGUGCCACACCACGCCGACGGAGGAAGCCGUCUACUGCUUCUACGAUCCGGAUUUGGACGAGCUGCCCGAGGCGGGAAGGGACGAGUCCGGCAGCAGAGCCCAGCCCGGCCGGGCGCCGCGGAGGGAGCGCUGGGGAGGCUCCGUCCCUCAAAAGGACCCCGAGCCCGGUCCCCGUCCGGCGAAGACGAAGCCUCAAAACAAUUUGAUCGCCGACGAGACGCCGCCGUGCUACUCCCUGAGCUCCUCCAUGAGCUCCCUGAGCGACGCCAACCUCUCCGAGGGCGAGGAGCGGGGCCAGCCCUGCGGCAAAGCCACCUGGCCGCGGUCAGCUGCAGUGGGGCAGGCGCAGGGGGGCUCGCCCAGCUCCCCCAGCCUCAACUCGGAGGAUGAUCUGCUGCAGAAAUGCAUCGGCUCGGCCAUGCCCAAGCGCCGGCGGCCCGCGGCUCGCCGCAGGCUGGUGGAGAGAAAGCAGAAGGCGCCGGGAGCCGGCGGGAGGGAGCGGAAAGCCGAGACCAGGCAUCACCCCGAGGAGGACGCGGGUUCCGACCGGGGCUCCGACCUGGACAGCGUGGAGUGGCAAGCCAUCCAGGAGGGAGCCAACUCCAUCGUCACCUGGCUGCACCAGGCGGCCGCCUCCCUGUCCCGGGAGCCUUCCUCCGAGUCCGACUCCAUCCUGUCCUUCAUGUCGGGGCUCUCGGUGGGCUCCACGCUGCAGCUCUCCCUGGGCAGGCAGGAGAAGCAGCGGCCCGGCAGCGCUUCGGGCCGGGAGGCGGCGAGGAGGGACAGCAAGGCCCGGCCGGAGCGGAAGGACGCGGCCGGUGCCCGUCCCGCCGGCCGCUCCAGCUCCCGGGCGGAGCGGAGCCCGGCGCCCUCCAAGCCGGUGCCCAACCUGCCCGUGGUCUUCCGCGGCAGGACCGUCAUCUACAUGCCCAGCCUGGCCAAAGAUGCCCCCAGCCCGCGGGCCACCCCGAAGAAAACCCCCGCGGGCAAGCCCGAGGCGCCGCCGGCCAAGAACCUCUCGCUGAGCCAGCAGCGCUCGCGGAGCCUGCACCGGUUGGGCAAAGCCCCCGAAACCGCGGAGCUGGCGCUGCCCAAGAGGAGCACGACCCCGCCCGCCCGCAUCGGCAAAGGUCCCCCCUCCUCGGGCUCCUCCCGCACCUCCACGCCCUCCCAGCACGCCCCCAAGAAGCUGCCGUCGCCCUCCCAGGUCACCAAACAGGGCGGCCCGGCCGCGGGCAAGGCGAGCGGUUCCUCCUCCCCGCCGGGACCCCCGGCCAGAGCCCCGGCCCCCAAAUCCCCGGCUCCCAAGCAGUCCAAGACGCAGAAGUCGCCCGUGCGCAUCCCCUUCAUGCAGAAGCCCAGCAGGAAGGUGCUGCCGGGCCGGGCGGCCAUGCCGGUGCUGGAGGAGCAGGUCGAUGGCUCCAAGGCUCGGCCCGGGGGCCCGGGGGGCAGCCGGCUCAACCUGGUGCGGAUGUCAUCCGCCCGCUCCAGCGGGAGCGACUCGGACCGCUCCGGCUUCCUGCGCCAGCUCACCUUCAUCAAGGAAUCCUCCAGCCUGCUGCUGCGGCACCGCUCCGACCUGUCCCCGGCGCCGCCGGCCUCCUCGCUGCCCCGCCGGGGCUCCCCCCAGCGCAGCCGGACCGCGCUCCCGGCCGUGUUCCUCUGCUCCUCCCGCUGCGACGAGCUCAAGGCGGCCAAACCGGCGACCCCCGGCCAGCGGCCGCUCAUCCCCAGAGCCCAGCCCGGCGGGAAAGCCGCGGCCGGGGUGAAACCGCCGCGCCGGACCAGCUCCGAGAGCCCGUCCCGGCUGCCGGUGAAGACCAGCGUGCCCUCGGCCGAGCCCUUCAAGCGCUACUCAUCCUCGCCCAACAUCAGCGUGGCCCGGCGGGCGGCCAGCCCGUCCUCCGUGCGCUCCGAGGCGGCGGCGCGGCGGCGGCAGAACGAACCGGGGGCUCCCGGGGGACCGCCGGGAAAGCCGCCGGUGGUGGUGAUGAAGGGCACGUGGCGGAGGAUCCGGGACGAGGACAUCCCGCACAUCCUCAAGAGCACGCUGCCCUCCUCCGCGCUGCCGCUGGCGGGCUCCGGCGACGAGGAGCCCCCCGGCAGCCCCGGUACCCCCGGCACGCCCAGGAAGACAAGCGACGCCGUGGUGCAGACCGAGGAUUUCGCCACCUCCAAGACCAACUCCAGCACCUCUCCCACGCUGGAGAGCCGCGAGGGACCCCCGCACCCCCGCGUCACCGGCGACGGCGAAGCCCCCGCGCCCGCCAAGGCCGCCCUGCCCAUCUCCUUCGGGCAUGAGGCGCCCGCCGGGACCUUCCCCGGCAGCCGGCACGGCUCCCCCAGCAAGGCCGCCCGUGUCACCCCCUUCAACUACGUCCCCAGCCCCAUGGCGGUGACGGCGGUGGCCGACAAGGCGGUGGAGAAAAUCCAAGCUUGAUGAUGCCCCAGUGAGGGUCCUGCGACAUCCCCAGCCCCAUGGGAGCUGGCCGGGACUGUGCUGGGGACACACAUGGGGAUGUGGGACAGCUGGGGACCAGGGAGUCACCCCAACCUGCUGCUGGCCCCGGCUGGGGUCUUGCUGUGCUGGAGCAUCACAAUUCCCAGCGGAAAGGACUGGGCAGAACUGGGAACGUUCCGGGUCUGACACCCCGAGCUGGGGUUGGUUCUCAUGGACCAUCUCCUCCCACCCAUGGACAUCCAGGGACAAGCUGAGGUGGGGCCGUGUCCCGCUGUGCCCCCAUCCUGCUCACCCAGGGCCUGAUCCCACACUCCGGGGAGCUGACACGGCACAUCCCAUCCCAGGAAAACCCCACACGCUCCGGCUUGUCUGGCACCAAUUCCGGCUCAUUUAUUACCAGGGGAAGGGCGGCAGGGGAGAGGCUGCGGAGGGGGAGAUGGGGACCGGCACCGCGGUUUGUGCUGCUGGAAGCUCCUGAUUGCUGCCGGGUCACCUGUGCCGGCCCGAGGUGGUGACGGGAGGAAAUGGUGCAGGAGAAGCCGGGCACGGCUCGUGGGGGUGGCCCCGGUCCCGAUGGGCUCAUCCCAGGGUGCUGUCACCUGGCUGGGGGGCUGUUCUGGGAGGGGACAGGGUGCUGAGCUGGCACCGGGAUGCCCAACCCCCUGGAAAGGGUCUGGGGUCCCCAAUCUUCACCCACAGCCCCCCAGCCUCCCACCCCCAGGGCAGGAGAGCCCGGCUCGCAGCCAGGAUCCCACUGUGUCCUUGUGGAUGUGGACACGGAUCCACCCAGGACUGGAUUACGCCCACGAGCCCCAAAACCCCAGGGACACCCCUCUUCCUGCUGCCAGCCAGGCCCAGAUGCCGGGACUGGGGUGUGUGGGAAGUGCCUCGAGCCCUGGGAGUGGGGUGGGCUGCAGAGGCACCCCCAACCCAGGUGGUCCCAGAGCCCCUGGACACCCCCCACUCCCACACCAUCGCUCCCUGCUUUGGAUGGGGUGACCUUUGUGCCCCCAGCCCAUCCCAGUGCCACAGGGGACAGACACAGGACUAUGGGGACAUGCAGGGGACAUGCCUGGGCGGUUGUGGGGACACAGCGAGGGGCUCUGGGUUGUUGCACUGGGGACACACUGGGGCCGGGGAGACACCAGGACCGUGGGGAUAUGCAGGGGGUCCCCAGGGAUGUGCGCUGGGGUCGUGGGGACGGGCACACCCCGGUGUCCACAGCAGCCCCCCUGCCCUGGCAGUGGCCGGCAUGGAGGGACCAGCAGCCGGGAGUGAAGAAAAGGAGGAAAAUCCCAGGAGCAGCACCCCCGAGUGCUGUAACAGAGCGCAGAGGUGGCAGGAGGGCCAGCAUCGGCCCCCGGGCUCCGAGCCACCGCCAUCCCCUCCUCCACCGACAAUCCCGCCGGGCUCUGCCGGGCUCCGCUCACCGUCACUGUAUCUAUGUACUAAGGAUGUUAUUUUACCAGACUCUGGGCAGUAUUCCCAAUUAAAAGACAACCUGUGUAAAUAGGAA